AAGCGAGCACGCGCCAAGAGACCCCUGAAAGGUAGUAACUCUUCCAAGAAAGCGCGUGUUGAUAGUCUUUUGCAAAUUGGCGUCAUGCCAUCACGUCCCGGUAAAAACGCUAGCCCGGAGGAGCGAGAAAAAUACGUACAGGAAGCGGGGAAGGCCAUCCAGGCUAUCGCCAAAAAACUUGGAUCUUCUCAAGGGAUAGUUAACCACUGCCUCCGGGAACAAUGCGUUCCGAUGCCCCGCCUGACGCCGAACUCAUACGACUAUUUCAGGCAGUUCAAAAUACUGAACACUGUUUUAGACCAUCUAAUUUUGUUUGAGCCAUCGGAUGCAGAUUCGAGAGAAGGCCAUAGUACAUCGUGCACGGGGGUAGCCAUGUCCGACUGCCUCUCUAUGUGGGGCAUGAAGGACCCCUUCGAGCCUGUGUUUUCAGCACAAAGAGCACGAGGCGUACAGUUCAUUACUUUUGUUCUUACUUGGCCGGGAUACAAAGGCUUGCACAUGGAUUGGCGCUUCGAAAUCUCCAUUCAAAGUGUGCCGACUCGUGACAAGCUCGCAUAUAUCAUUGCUGGCCAAUUCCGAGAUUUUAUCGAGGCUGUAGAUAAGGGUCGUUAUCAAGCUGAAGACGACAACCUGCAUUGGACGGUUGGAAAUGGUGGCUAUAACCUUGGCCACAUGAAACUAUCUGCAUUAUGGAAUGCUGCGGACGGAUUAUGGGCUGCUAAUGUUCGUGUAGUUGAUGAGGUUUGAGAGGAUUGUAACUAUAUAUGAAUUGGGCUUUCAGUGCCAGUGGACUGUCUGUAUGAAUUUCUCCAGUCAUGUAAUUUCUGCCUGCAUAUGAUUAUACGCCAUGUAGUGUGAACUGUGUAUGUUCAAUAAUAUAAACUU